UGAAGGUACCAUGUUUUGUUUAUCCAUCGGUAAAUGUCAAGCCUUUCAGCUUUGGUCCCAGGGCUGAAUCCAGAGCCACACACGUAUUAGCUGCUCUGAAUGGCAGUGUAUGGGUGACUGACACAGCUUGCUGGCUUUAAUCUCUCUCUUUGUACCCCAUUUGUACCUGGUAUGUGAUUGUGCUAUUGUUGUGCUGAAUUGAGUUGAAUUGGAUAACAGACAGGAUCAGGCACCCCAGAGAUUGUGGCACACCCCAGUGACUCUGGACGGAACUAGUAAAGAUGGGGAAAGAGACUUAAGAAUAGUUCAUGGAAAACAAAAAAGAAUAGUUCAUGGAAAUAAAGGAACCUUCCAGCCGAAUGCCAGGGCCAGGGACAGACAGCCUUGCAGAUGGCCCCGCUCCCGGGGGCAGAGCUGGUCCAGACGCCUCUGCAGCUCUACCGAUACCUGCUGCGCUGUUGCCGACAGCUGCCCACCAAGGGCAUCCAGGAGCAUUACAGACAUGCUGUCAGGCAGAGUUUCCGGGUUCAUUCAGAUGAAGACAAUCCCGAGAGAAUCCAGCAGAUUAUUAAAAGAGCCAUUGAAGAUGCUGACUGGAUCAUGAACAAAUAUAAAAAGCAAAACUGAGACUCAAAGAGUGAAGCCGCCCUGAAGACCCUGAAGGUGAGAGGCCUCCCUGGAAGGAACCAGCAGCAGCAGCUCUGGACUCUCAUUGUCCUGCUGGUGGGGAGAGCAGGACACCGGGUGUGGGAGCAGCCGACGUUUGCUCCAAUGGCUCUUCUCAGGCUGCUUGUGUCCCCGGUGACCUCUAUGUUUGCUUUUCCAGGCGGUUAUGAUGUGAGAUUUUGGGAGAAUGUGUUUUUUCACUUUCCUCUGAAAGUGAUUCAUUUAUUCUGGACGUCAUUCUUUGAGACCCGAGUGGGCGUCCCCUCAGAUGGCGGCCUGUAAGGUGGACAGGGCAUGGGUGUCAGAACCAGACAGAUCUGGAUUUGAAUCCCAGCUCAGCGGCUUUUCAAGGGCGUUGACUUUGAGCUUGGUUUCCUCUCUUGUGAGAAUAAAUAAGAUGAAGUCAAAGAGCCUAACGCAGGACAUGGUACCUGGUGGUGCCAGUAGAUGACCCUCUGAGGAAGCCGCCCUCCCCGCCCCUCCUCUGCUCCCCAGGGCUCCGCGUAUCUCUCUCUAGCCCACGGCACGUUGGUUCGUUUGCUUGUGGACUUGUCCUGUCCCUACUCAUCGCCACUGUCCCCUUCCCCCAGGCCCCUGAGCCUUCACAGUUGCACUGCGCCCAGCAGUCUGCCAAGCAGCUGUGCUUCCCGCCCAGAGAAGCAGGUGCCUGGUCUUUGCCUUCAUGGGUCUCUGCCGUCAGAGUCCCCGAGUCCUGAGUGGUGAAAUGCAGCCUGCAUGAAACAAGGAGGAAUGCCAAGCACCUCCAGUAGUGCCCACGUGUUUAGGCUUCUGUGAACCUGCCAUCUGUCUUGACUGUCCCUUCCCUCCUUUGCCACCAUCUCAGAAGGAGGGGAGGAGGGAAGCCAGCAAGCAGUCCUGUGGAUUUUCACGAGCCUGAAAUUGGUGGAGAAAGACAGACCCAGAUCGCAUCGCAAUUCUGCUCAAAUUGUACUUGGGUAACUUACCUUGCCUCUUUCAGCCUCACUUUUCCCAUCUGUCCAAUGGGGUAAUGGCCGGACCUACCUCGAGAGCUGUGGUGAGGAAUAAUGAGGUCUAAUGCAUGCCAAGUGUCACCCAGAGCCUGGCAUGGGGAGCUGGCUGCAUGGGGAGCUGGCUGCACGGCCAGCCCGUGGUUACCAGCUACAACUAUUAGGGAGCCAUGCUUUGCAAGUGGGAGAUGGAAGCUCGGAGAGGUUGAGCCUCUUUUCAGGGUCACAAAGCCACUAAGCCAGGUCUGUCUGAAUCUACCAAACAGCACAGAUUUGGGAGGGAAAGGAGAGCAUCAGGGAAAGAGGGAAGGAAGGAGAACGGGAGGGACGGAGGGAGGAGGGAUAAGGAAGGAGGAGAGAAGCAGGGAAGGAUCAGGGGGAACUGGCCAGAGCAGGUGGAAACCAGAGGCCACACUGGGACUUGAGUACCCCCGAGGAUUCAGCCAGAGGGAUGAGCUAGCAUGUGUUUAUGUGCUGGCAAUUACAUGGCUUAAAGUGGCUCAGCUACAUCUAUGUGCAUUUGACUGAUCAGCAGACAGUGAAGUAAAUACAUCAAAUUGUGAAAGCUUGGUGUCUUCUUGCCACUUGUUGUUCCCUACUGUGUUCUAACUUUCAUACUAGGUGUUGUAGACAAAAAAGGGGCCACAUGCUAACCUGACAAGCUCAGGGAAGGCCUGAAUGGUGGUAUUACACACUCAAAGACCUAAAGUAACCACAAAGGAUGGUCUGAAAUGAAAACUUUAACUGCCCUUGUAGUUUGGCGCAGUGGAUAGAGCAUCUGCCUGUGGACAACAGGGUCCCAGGUUCGAUUCUGGUCAAGGACACGUACCUUGGUUGCAGGCUCCUCCCCAGCCUGGGCCCUGCUCGGGUGUGUGCAGGAGGCAACCAUUCAAUGUGUUAACCAUUCAAUGUGUUACUCUCACAUUGAUGUUUCUCUUUCUCUCUUCCACUCUCCCUAAAAAACUAAUGGAAAAAUAUCCUCAGGUGAGGAUUAACAGCAACAACAAAAGAAAAAAAAACAAAAAAGAAAGAAAGAAAAAAACCUUUUAACUAAAAGCAGUUAUAGUGGAUAGUCACGUCCUAGGCUGGUAUCUUCCCUGACAAAGGUCAAUCUUUACCUUAAGUAAGCCUGUUUGUUGUCAUUUGCAUCUAUGAUAACAUAUCAUUGGAAUGUCAGGGUAAUUUGUAAUUUCCCUUUUUCUGGACCCUUCAGGGCACAACCAAUGGGUCAGGGUGCCAGGACAGGAGACCACAAAUUCCUUCAUUGUUAUUGUUAUCUUGUUAAUUGUUGACUGUUAACCAUCCUGUACCCACCUAUGUAAAAGAAGUGUCUAUCAUUUUACUUUUUAUCCAACCCCAGAGGUUUGCCCGCUUUGCUUCCUCCCACCUCCCUAAUCUAUCACCAUGGAUUUCAUGUAACCCACUUAAGUAUUUCCCUUUGAUUAUAAUGAAUAAAACAAGGCGAAAACCACCAUUCUCCAGAGCAUUAUCCCAGUAUGUUGAGAUUCUGCUUCCUGGCAAUUGUCAACAGUUUGGCUCAAAUAAAUUCACAAAACUUCUU